AUGGAAAAGAAAGCGGCGGAGCGUAGAGGUGCCUAUACACCCGAGGGCGGGCUGGGGUGUAUGGACAGCUGCUGCGCGCGCGACUUUUCGCAAAAAGUGGAAAAUCAAAAAUUGAAAUUUAUUUUUAAUUUUGGAGAUUCGAAAAAGGAGACAAAAGGGGACAAAUCCGAAGCAGCAAAACGAGGGCCUUCUUCCCAUUUGCUGCAUGCGCUGCUUGCUGCUUUUGCUGCUAAAGAAGUCACGAAAAACAAAUUAAUUAAAGCCAAAAAGAACAAAGAAAAGCUCCUUUUGACAAGUGCUGCUGCUGCUGCUGCUGCUGCGGAUCAGGAAAACCAGCAGCAGCAGGCGAUGCAGCAGCAGCACAGGAUGCAGCAGCAGCAGAUGGUGCAGCAGCAACAGGUACCGCAGCAGCAACAGGCACUGCAGCAACAGGAGAUGAUGCAGCAGCAGCAGCCACUGCAGCAGCAAAUGGUACUGCAGCAGCAGCAGCAGCAUCUGCUGCAGCAGCAGCAGCAGCAGCUACUGCAGCAGCAGCAACAACGUGAGAGCUGCAGUUUGGGGUGUGGGGUGUCUCCGUGUGUGGCGCUGAGGUGUACGUACAGCUGGGAGGCCUGCUGCGACAAGUUCGGGUGUUUUGCUGCUGCAGCAAAUCUGAAAAAUAAUUUUAAAUUAAUUUUCGACAAACCUCUUGCUGCUUUCUGCAUGCAGCAAAUCUGCAGAGACGCAGCGCGCGUCCAGCCCCAAACGUCAGCAGCAGCAACGCUCUUGGACCUGCUGCUGCGCGGCAGCAGCAGCAGCAGCAGCAACAGACGCAGCGACUAUGGCGGCAGCUGCUGCUGCAGCAACAGUGAUCACAGCAGCUGCGGUAGCAGCACUGGCCACAAGAGCAGCAGCAGCAGCGACAACAGCAGCAGCAGCAGCAACAGCGACAACAGCAGCAGCAGCAGCAGCAGCAAAUUAUUUGGUGGGGCUGUUCUGUACGAUGAGCUGGAGCUGUUUGCUUUGCUGCAGCAGUUGGAUUUGGAUUUGUCUCUUUUGCUGCAGCUUUGCUUCUGGGCCUUCUCUCGCUUGCUGCUGGGCGGCGCUGCUGCUGCUGCUGCUGCUGCUGCUGCUGCUGCGCCUCCUUUUAAGGCUUUUGUUGCUUUGGUGGACUUUGCGGCGCCCCAUUUGCUGCUGAGGAAUGCUCUUGCUGCAGUGGAAAGGAGGCAGGAAAACAACCUGCUGCUGCUGCCUGCUGCAGCUGCUGCUGCUGCUCCCCCUGCUGCUGCUGCUGCUGCUGCUGGCCAUCAUUUGCUGCUGCUGUUUCUGUCUCCAUUUUAUUUGUGGUUUUCUUCUCUUUUGCGGCGGGCACAGCAAAUGGAGGAAAAGGAGACAAAUAAAAUAAAUAAUAAAAUAAAUAAAAUAAAUAAAAUCAAUAAAAUCAAUAAAAUCAAAAAGGGGAAAAGAUCAGAAAAGUUAAAUAAAAGAAAAAGAUAUAAAUUGUGGCUGCUGGCGCUUUCUGUUGCUGCUGCUGAGGCCCUUAAGGAGAAAAAAGAAGAAAAAGAAAAUAAAAAUAAAAAAGAAAUGGAAGAAAUUAAAAAUAAAAAUGAAAUUAAAGAAAUCGAAAAUGCAAAAGAGACACAAGAUUCGAAACAGCCAGAAGCAGCAGACACAACUGCGUGGCUGCUGCUGCCGCAGCCCUUCACUGCAGCAGCAGCAGCAGCAGAGACUGCAGCAGCAGCAGCAGACACUGCAGCAGCAGCAGCAGCAGACGCUGCAGCAGCAGCAGCGCCAACAGCUACUGCAGCAACAGCAGCAGCAGCUACUGCAGCAGCAGCACCAGCAAAUACUGCAGCAGCAGCAGCAGCAGCAACAGCAGCAGCGGCGGGAAGCACCGCAGCAGCAGCAGCAACAGCAGCAGCAGCGGGAAGACGAGAGGAAGGCGGGGAGCAGCAAAACGGCAGCAAGAACAGUUCGUGUGUCUCUUUGCUUCUUGCCGCUGCUGAAGCUCCAUUUCCGCUGUCCCUUUUUGUCUCCUUUGCAGCAGCAAAGCCCUCAAAGCAAGCCCCCCUCCCCGCUGCUGCUGCUGCUGCUGCUGCUGCUGUGGGGCCCCACAGCAGCGCGCAGCGGCGGUGUACGUACACCUCGGGGGAGGCCCCCGCCCUUUCGCUCGGCCCCGAAGAAACUUCUUUUUGGAUUUCUUUCUUUUUGCAUCGCCAAAAGAAAUUCAAAAAAGAAAAUUAA